AACAGCAUCAAGCCACAAGUGAGGUCCACCAGUCCACCAGCACGAGCUCGGCAGUGUAUCGCCUGCCUCUGUCGCGGUUGGACGUAAGGUCGCUCGUUCCCGGAACGCUCGCUCGCGUUACGCUUUGAGGAAGACCUCGCAUGACUUCUGCAUUUACCGUCUUUUGUUAUUUCUUUUUUCAAGUACUUACCGUCCUUGCAGUACCCGAAGCCAACGCCAUUUCAUGAUCAAUAACAUUUAACAACUGAAUUUAUUUUGAAGAUAUCCACCGAAGUGUUACUGAAUGUUUUUAUUUUACGCUUCAAAAAACAUCUAAUCUCUGAGACUGUUUUGAGCUCGUCAAGAGACACAAAUGUCGAAACCCAGACGGAAAGAUAUGGUCGUUUUCGGUAGGAUUCCGGAAGCUUAGAAUUAGCAGGAGCGCGCAGUCGCAGUAUGAGAACAGGAGCAAGUCAUCUGAGAAGACAUAACAUUGCCAGACUGUGUACGAAUCAUGGGUGCGUGGAUGUGACGGACGGGGUGGGCGGGGCACAAGUCAUCGGAGGUCACCAACUGUCAGAGCGCGGGAUGAAGCAGAUCAUCUCGGGAUGAGGGCGGCGUCGUACCACCCGACUCUCCCGCCAGAGAUCGCCACUGAUGCUGCUGUUUACGUCGCUGUCAUCGUCGUCUUCUACGCGGCCAUCAUCAUACUCCUGGUGGGGACGAACCUCCACCGGCUGCGACGCCGUCGUCGAAAUCGCCCUUCUCAUCACCGACACCCUCGUCCCGUCGACACCACGGCCAGCGCCGAAGUGUCGAUGUCCAUGAUGUCGAUCUUCUCUCCCUCCUCCUCCUUCUCCUCUUCGGCCGAGAACCCUGGUCCCGUGUCGACCUCCGUGGUCACUGAGAAGGGCAGAUGGGGGGAACACGAGGAUGCUGUCGUAGUGUGAUGCAGGGUCUCCUGGAAUGCGGAGGUCCUGGAACCUAGAAUCUACUGGAACUUGCCUGGAAGGAGUUUGUGAAGCUGCAAAGGGUCAGGGCACUGGAACCUGAGCUCUCAUGGUACUUGCCUGGAAGGGGUUGGUGAAGCUGUAAGUGUCAGAGGCCUCGAACCUAAAGUCUUCUGGAACUUUCUUGGAUGGGGUUUGAGAAGCAGUAAGUGGUAGGGCCCUAGAACCUAGACACUCUACUGCAACUUUCCUGGAAGAGAUUUUGGAACUACCGUCAGGGUCCUGGAAUCUAAUAAACUAUUGGCGUUGACUGGAAAGAGUUUUUGAAGCUGAAAGUGGCAGGGCCCGGGAAACUAAACUACUGGGCGUUGCCUGGAAAGUGCUUUUGAAGCUGCAAGUGGCAGGGCCCUGGAACCUAGUAGACCCUACUGGAACUUGCCUGGAAGGAGUCUGUGAAACUUCAGUGUCGGGGCCCUGGGACCUGAGCUGUACUGGAACUUUCCUAGAAUGAGUUUGUGAAGCUGUAAAUGUCAGGGCCCUGGACCCUACACUCUACUGGGCCUUGUUUGGAAGGAAUUUUGGAACUGCUCAGGUUUCUGGAACCUAAACUAGUGGGCGUUACCUGGAAAGAGCUUUUGAAGCUGCAAGUGGCAGGGCCCUGGAAACUAAACUACUGGGCGUUUCCUGGAAACAAUUCUUGGAGCUUCCAGUGGCAGGGCCCUGGAACCUAGAUAUUUUUGGACCUUUCCUGGAAGGAUUUUGUGAAGCUGCAAUGUUAGGGCGCUGGAAUCUAAACUCUAUUGAACCAUGCCGCCUGGAGGGAAUUUUGGAACUGUCAAGUGUCAGGACCCUGGAACUUAAACUCUACUGGAACUUGCCAGGAAGGAGUUUAGGAACUGCUAGUGUCAGGUCCUGAGGUCUUGCUUCUGACAAACCAUUUAUCAGCUCUGGAAGUGUUUGUGAGAGUUAGCUGUUGGUGUUAGGUUCCAGUUCUGGGUCGUGUCGACACACUGGACUCCUUGAAAAUCCCUGAAAAGUAAGUCUGGAAGGUAGACUUAAAUUAGACCCUUUUUUGGAGAUCGUCUGGAACUGACAGUAUUUGUGUCCUGAGUCUGGAAAAUUUUUCAGUCGCCUGAAAGGUAUUUGUGGGACAAAUGUCACAGAAUAUUCAUUGGAAGUGUACAAUAAAGAGCUGUAAGUUCCCGAACAUUUGGUUUGGAAGUGUUGGAGAAAGGAAAGUGUCACACUGCGUUCGCUGAAAGUCAUUUGGAAGAAAAUUCUAAUACCUGAUGCUCUGGAAGUCUCUACUAAAUAAGAGGGUCUCACAACACACGCUUUGUAAGAGUUUGUGACAGAAUAAUUUAACAAUUUAUGCGCUGGUUUUUAUGUAUGACAAGUAUCAGUUUUGAGCGCGUUCAGAAGUGCUAAACAAAGUGUCCCUCUCUGCAUCUUGUGGCUUGUGGACAACAAUACUGAAACGUGACAUGAAACUGAUCCUAAACAAUUCAGUGUCGUAAAGUAAGAAGGAAAAGGGACGUAUUACAAAAAUGACAUAAAGACAGUUUUAGAUAAGUGAUAAGUAUGAAAAAUAUAAUGGUGCUUUUGUCGUACCUUGUUGAAAAAGAAUACCCUUACUAAAACAAGAUUGUGUAUACUUGUACAUAAAUCAAUCGACUGAUGACAUUCGCUGUAAAGAUAGUAUUUUUGUCUAUAACGUGAAAUAAACUAUGACAACUGAAACUUAUCUAGAGGCGGCGGUUACCUAGAAAUUCAAAGAAGAAAUUUAUUGGAGAGAAAAUGAAUUCCUGCCAUUUCUGUGAAUUAUUUAUUUCUCGCUCUCCUGUUACAAAUGGCGGUCACUCUUUUAAUCUAAGCUGGAAUUUUUUUCAGGAAUUUUUUCCCGGUUUCAGGACAUCAAUAUGAUUUCAUUUAUAAAUUCCUGUAAAUAUUUUUCAUCGAUAGGUGAACAUAGAGUAUGA